AUGGCCCUGUCCAACAAAACGCCUGAUGACAAGUUUCUGUGGGAUAUAUUUUAGCGCAUUGAUAAGAACAAGAGCGGAUUUAUUUCCGCCGAUGAACUGCAGGUGGCGCUUUCGAAUGGCACUUGGUCGGCUUUCAAUCCAGAAACAGUGCGACUGAUUAUUGGCAUGUUCGAUCACGGGAACCGAGGCAGAGUUUUCUUUCGGGACUUUGGAGCAUUGUGGAAGUAUAUGACCGAUUGGCAAUAUUGUUUUCGCUCAUUUGAUACAGACACUUCAGGCUAUAUCGAUGGGAAAGAACUGAAAAGUGCUCUCAACACAUUUGGAUAUCACCUAACAGAUCACCUUAUCAAAGUCCUACUACAUAAAUUCGAUCGUUUCGGGAGGGGAAAUAUUCUAUUUGACGAUUUCAUACAAUGUUGCAUUGUGAUGCAGAUGCUGACAACUUCGUUCAAGUCACACGAUACUGAUAUGAAGGGUGUUAUUACCAUAAACUAUGAACAGUUCCUCAAAAUGGUAUUAGAACUUAAAAUAUGAUAG